AUGCAGGCGCGCCGCCUGGCCAAGCGCCCCAGCCUGGGCGGCCGCCGCGGCGGCACCGCGCCGCCCGGACCCCCCGCGCCCGCCGCGGGCCCCGAGAGCUGGAGGCCGCCGCGGCCCGCGCCCCCGCCGCCCCCGCCGCCCGCGCCGCCCGCGCCGCGCGGCCACGGGCCCGCCCCCCCCCGGGCCGCCGCCGCCGUGUCGCCGCCGCCGCCGCCGCCGCCGCCGCCGGGGGACGACGAUGAGGACGGGGAGGGCGGGGGCCGGCGGCGCCGGGGGCUCGGCCGGGUGCCCGCCAAGCCCCGCGCGGCCGCCGAGGAGGAGGAGGAGGAAGAGGAGGAGGAGGACGACGACGACGACGAGGAGGGGGUCGUCGAGGUGGUGGACGGCGACGACGACGACGACGACGGGGAGGAGCGCUUCGCGCCCGUCGGCCCGGGCCGCGCGGUGCCCAGGGGCCCGGCCCGGGGCGCGCCCAAGGUUGGAAGCAUUAAACGGGAAAUGACCUUCACUUUUCAACCUGAAGACUUAAAACGUGACUGUAGUAAAAAAAUAUCUCAUCACCACUUGUUUUCCUUGGCCAUGGAGGAAGACAUGAAAGCUGCAGACACCAAAAAAGCCAGCCGGGCCUUUGACCACGAGAAAGAAAACACCCGUUCUGUCUGUCUCCUGGAGCAGAAACGAAAAGUCGUGUCCUCAAAUAUUGACGUUCCUCCAGCAAGGAAAUCUUCAGAGGAACUGGACAUGGACAAGGUGACCGCAGCAAUGGUACUCACCAGUCUGUCCACCAGCCCUUUAGUUCGAAGCCCUCCAGUACGCCCGAAUGAGGGCCUGAGCGGCUCGUGGAAGGAGGGCGGCGGCGUCCCGUCCAGCAGCAGCAGCAGCGGCUACUGGAGCUGGAGCGCGCCCAGCGACCAGUCGAACCCGUCCACGCCGUCGCCGCCGCUGUCGGCCGACAGCUUCAAGCCCUUCCGCAGCCCCGCGCCGCCCGACGACGGCAUCGACGAGGCCGACGCCAGCAACCUGCUCUUCGACGAGCCCAUCCCCAGGAAGAGAAAGAACUCCAUGAAGGUGAUGUUUAAAUGCCUCUGGAAAAACUGUGGGAAGGUGCUGAGCACUGCAGUGGGAAUCCAGAAGCACAUCCGGACUAUUCAUCUCGGGCGCGUCGGUGACUCCGACUACAGUGACGGGGAAGAGGACUUCUACUACACGGAGAUCAAGCUCAACACAGACUCGGUGGCAGACGGGCUGAGCAGCCUGGCCCCCGUCUCUCCCUCCCAGUCCCUGGCCUCGCCUCCCACUUUCCCCAUCCCCGACUCGAGCCGAGCGGACACUCCUUGUGCCAAAACUGAACCGAAGUUGAUGACGCCCUUGAGCCGCUCGGCCCCCACCACCCUCUACCUCGUGCACACCGACCACGCUUACCAGGCCACGCCCCCCGUGACCAUUCCAGGCUCGGCCAAGUUCACCCCCAAUGGCAGCAGCUUCAGCAUCUCCUGGCAGUCUCCUCCGGUCACCUUCACAGGCAUCCCAGUUUCUCCAACACACAGUCACGCCCUGGGCCCGGGUGAGCAGCGGCCGCACACACACACGGUCUUGUCCUCGCCGCCUCGCGGGACAGUGAGCCUGAGGAAGCCCCGGGGGGAGGGCAAGAAGUGCCGGAAGGUGUACGGCAUGGAGAACCGGGACAUGUGGUGCACGGCGUGCCGCUGGAAGAAGGCCUGCCAGCGAUUCACCGACUGACGGACGAGCCAGCAGAGGCCCGGCUCCCCAGACCCCCGCCCGCCUCCCGCUGCGGGACGCCCAAAGGAUUUUUUUCCUUUUCAACAAGAUACACAGGAAGAGCACUUCCCAGGAAGAACACUUCCAGGGAACCUUUGUGGAAUUACAGCAAAAUUAAAAUAAAAUAAAGGGGUGAGGUGACCCCCCCUCGCUGCCCUCGCUGAGAAUCCAGCCCAGAGCAGCCGUGAGUCAUUUUUGUCCUUUCCAAAAAAAAAAAAAAAAAGUCAACCUUUUUGUCUAAGUCAGAAAACUGGACUUCUAUAGCAACUCGAAACAACAGAAUCCAUUUUACUUCGCAAGAAGGCCUAUUUUGAUAAGCUUUCUGAAAAUGCCAUUUCUGAGAUCUUUUUUUUUUUUUUUUGACACUUAGAGAAAGCUACACGCUAUUUGGUAGUCUUUGUACAAAGAACACUAUCUGCUUUCUGUGUGAAUAGACUUUCCCCCCCGUUUUUCCAGUCGACUUCUCGAAGCGGUUCACCUCCUGAGGUGUUGCAGAGAAAGUCCAGCGCUCUGGGUAUCUUUCCCGUGUCUUCUUCGUGUGUUUCGUUCGUUUGGAAGAAAGGCCCCGAGUGCACCACGGUUGAGCCGUCAGCUUGCAGGGCCCCAGGCGCAGGAAGUGUAGAGAGACUGGCCGGGACCGUCACCAGCAGACUGCAGCUGUCCCUCCGGGGAAGCGUCCGGGCGUCAUCCUUGGGUUUCUAAGAAGCACCUAGCCCUGUCUCUGCCCGCCUCGGUUCUGUCCAGAACUGGCACCCGAGCUGCUCGGGUCAGCCUCCGCGCUCCUCCGGGGACGGGCUGCCACUCGCAUCCCUGACCUGUGGGCUGCUGCCUACCUGAGAAGUCAUCGCCAGCUUAAGGGGCCGUUGGCCCUCGCCUGUCCCGUCCACCACAGGCUGGUUUCAGAAAGGGAGCGAACUCUAGAUUCUCCCAGCAGGCCGGCGUUCGACGGCACAGCACAGCCGACGUCUACCCGUCGCUCCGAAUGUCAGGUGAAGGGGACCAGCCAGCGACUGUGCGGAAUGCACUUUCAUAGGUUUGAUGCUUUAGCAUGUCUGGGGCCUGGGGAUUGGGUUUGUGAACAAUAGAAACAUGAUAUGGGUAAGUGGAAGGCCCAAACCUUUAUUUUUAUUAUUGGAAAAAAUUUAAAAAGAAAAACAAAACUGGAGGGAUUCAUUAGGAAUUCGCUCAGAAGGGAACCUACAGGGCACCAAAAGCAAAAUGCAUGUCGGUAUAGGAAUUUCACAAUGUAGUCGGACCAGGGCUUGUCCUGUGUUCCUUUUCUCUGGCUAUUUAGCCUGCGGCGUGUAUGUGAGUGUGCGUCUGUGUCCGCUUAUGUGUAUUUUUGGUGGUAAUUGUGCAGGGAGAGGGGGGGUAGUUGGCAAGCCCUAUAAAUAAGCUCAAUUUCUGUCUACCCAGCUCUCAAACGCCCUGCUAAAGAACCCUUUCUCCUAUGCCUAUGCAAAGAAGCAAGAGCGCCUUACAGGAGGCACUGUGCCGGGCGAGGGACUGGAGCGCCUUACAGGAGGCACUGUGUCAGGCAGGGGGCUGGAGCAGCCAUAGGAAUGUUAAAUGAAAUUGCACAGAGGAAAGUUUAAUAUAUGUUUAAAGAUUGCACAUACACCUUUCUUUUUUUUUUUAGAAUUGAAAGAAGUCACCUGAUAAUAAGCUAUCCUCUUUUUUUGUUUGUUUGUUACAAGUGAGGGAGAUCGGACGUUCUCUAGCGUCACAUCCACAGUCUGUGCAUUCGUAUGUUUUGGCAAUUUUCUUUUUUCAGUUCUCCUGGGUCUGACUCUUUGAGCAUUAUUCCUUGGAAGAGAUCGCUUUUCCUCUUCCAUGGAGUUUUUCUUUAAAAACAUGAAAUUUCGAGAGAGCAGGAGGGGAGCUGCAUUUCAUUUCCCACCGUAGUUGCCCGUCAGGUCCAGCCACAGCAGCAGCUGCCGCGCCCGGCUUCGGGAGGAAAGGGCUCUUCCUCUGCAUGAAGAAGCGUGUUUGCGUGUUUGCACCCUUUGCCCCGGUGCGUCAAGUCUCCUCCCUGCAUCAUCUCCAGCACUCCCAGCUGGGAGACGCUGCUCCGGCCUGUCCCAGGAAACCCCACGCAAUUGAGCCUGGGGAAGGCCGAGUGCUUGGACAGAUUCCAGCACAGACCUACCUGGUGGCCACAGUACAAUUCUGGAGCCGAAGAUUUUUCUCUCCUACAAAGGUAGGAGAGAUCUCAGAUUAGGUCAUGAAUGAAGAAGCAUGUGUGAAAGGACGAGGGGUUACAUCCAUCCCCUUUCCCAGGACCUUGGGGCACAGGGAGGACACGAUCUUGGUCGUGGAGCGGUCCCAGAAUGCAGUUCUGUGGCUCCACACCCCUCCCCCGCGCCAGCCUGCCCCCAGCUGCAGCCCAGGAGUUGUGCCAGGCUCUGGCCUGGCUGAGGCAAAUUCGACCCUUCCCCGGAAUCUCUCUCUCGCAACCCCUUCCCCCAUCCCGACGGGGCCUCCUUUAUUCCGCUCAGCCCGAGGCUUGUGCAUCCCAGUAUCCGGGUGCCCACGGAACCCUCCGUUCCUUCAGACAGAGGCAGAGACCCCUCCCUUUUCCCCAGAGCAUCCAUGACGGCCAGGAGACCCCCAAGCUUUGCUUGACUAGCUUGGCAGAGAAAGGGGUUGAACUUCCUAACUGCCCUGAGAACCAUGAUUGCAGUAUGCAGCAGCUGGUUGUUAAAACGGAACUUUUUUUUUCUUUAAGAGGAGAGCUAUUUUGUUAUAUCUUGGAACAAAACAAAGUGCCAAAUUUAAGCCAGACAUUCACUUCAGGCCAUCGCUGUGGUACAUUCUUUUUUUUCUGUCUCAUUUGGCCAGCAGAGGAGGAGGGGGAGGAGGAGGGGGAGGAGGAGGGCGGGCAGUGACCUCCCCCAGCAGCUGGCUCUGUACCCAGAACUGCACCAGCACAUGCUGUGUGAGCAUCAGAGGAGCAAUACACAGGAGCCCAGCCCCGGGGGUUUCUGAAGUCGGGCGUUGUCACCUUGGGGCUUCCCCGCCUUCCCCCUCCCCACUCUCCCCUCCUUCGAAAAUAUUUUUUCAUCUCUCACCAGUGAAGGCGUGUCCGAGACAAGCCGGGUCUUCCCGGGAGAGCUGCAAAGCCAAGUGUGUCCCGUAGACAAUGGUUGUAAAUCACUGGCCCCCCCCCACCCCAGGGUGGGUGUGUGACCAGUGUGGGGAGAAGUGCCCCCCGCACUCGGGGAGCGGCUGGGUGGCCGGCAGGCUGGGGAGCAGAGGGAAGAGGCAGGAGGAGGUGAUCAUCUCAGCCCUGAUUCUUCGCCGGGGGUGAGGAGAGGGGUCCCUGAGCCACUCAGAGCCUCUUCUGCCCUCGCUGGACCCCGUGGCAGAGAGCACUGAGUCUCGGCGACACCCGUGCACCCUGUCUGUCACUCGCUGUACCCACGAGGACUGCGUAGGGGACCGUCCCUGAGUCGAUCACAGCCAUGCUGCCAAACAGAUUUUGCAGUCACAAUUGAGGCGUCACAGUUGGGCUCACCUUGAAGCUUCUCCAAGACAGAGUGGCCGUGUGUCUGUCUUGUCAAGGGUUUCUUCAGCUGAAACACCCUCCCUCCAAGUGCAAGCUCGUUCCUGCCACCGCCAUCAUCUCUCUGGAGUCCCCCACUGAGUCACCCCCCUGCCGCAGCCCGGGGUCCUGAAUUAGCCAACUGAGUCCGUUCCUGCCUUCCUCCGACUUCCCUUGGAGAUGAAAGGGCGGCGUUGGCUGGAGAAUGGUCAGAGAAGUGUCAAGAUUUGUACCCGUAGGAGAGGGUUCCUGGAACAUAGUAGCAAAAUACUGUAAAUAAUACUCAUUUCCUCAGGGAAAACAAAGGGAAAAAUAGAUUGGAGGCUCUCAAGACUGGACUUCUCAGUAGAACGUUAGCCUGUCAGAACGCUCGGUUUUUUUCAGUGGACCUGAUGUUGUAUUGAGACACGUUGCUGUGGACUUUGAGGGGUGGGGGAACUUUGAGCCUGAGAGAGAGCGCUCCUGCUUCGUUGAUGACCCACAAUCUAGAACUGACAUUUGAACCCCAGGCCUCAGCCCUGGUGGCUAUUUGUAGACCCGUGGAAGGCUUUUGCUGAAUGUAAUUGUGAAUCUAAAGCCUUGGAAUCCCUUUUUCGAUCCACCCGGUUGGAUUACUGGUUAUUAGCUAUAAGCAGAAUUCUGUAGACAAGGGCUGUUAAAAAUGUGCAUUUUGCUUUAAUGGCAUGUUAAGGAGCAAACUUCUUUGGACUUUUGUGGAUAAGAUGCUGCUUUUUUUUUCUCAUGACCCCGUAGAAUUUCUAUCGACCACAUCAACUAUAGCAUUGACCUGUCUGAACACAGGCAAGAAUUUGUGCAUACAAAUAAGUGGAGACAGCAGGAUUCGUGAAUAUGGAUGAGAGCGUGGAUCAUUUUGGAGAAUGCACUGGGCGCAUGGGUCAACUGGAAAUUCCAUUUCUCUGAGAAAAUAACCCUCCCAGCAGCAACUCACACAUUCUCCCUGCUCCCCAGAGCGAGGGGGACUCCUCUGUUUGAGAAUUGUUUUGUUGUAGCCUUUUGCUUGUAACUAGUCAAACCAGAAGUCAGUAAAAUAAAAUGAGAUUAGCACCUUUAGGUACUGAUGGUAUCACUAAGUCACACACACCAGUAGAGCAAGAAAGUGUAUCAUUUCUUUAAGACCGACUGGUGUGCUUCUUGUGACUGAUUUUUAGGGGGAAAAAAUGUAUUUGAUAUACAUGCUUUAAAUCACGUAUCUCUCAUGGGACCGAAAUCAAAAUUUUUGAUUUCUGGUCCAAUUUUGUAAAUAGUUCCUUCUUUUUGAAGACAAUCUCAUGUUUUAUAACUUUUCUUGUGGGUCUGAGAAUCACAAUGGUGAUGUGUUGUGUCAAAAUGUACUCUCAAAUACAAGAAUAAUUAUAACUUAAUUUUCCAAAUAAGACAAAAACUAUGUACUGGAUAGACUUCUACAAUUCUGAGACGUGACACUUUUAUAAUAAGCAUUCGUACUUCUCAAGUUAGCAGAACUGGAAAUAUUUUACAAGAUGCAAUGUUUUGUAAUCACAAAGAACAUGAACAUUUUGUGGGAAAUGACCUUGGUUUUAUACAUUGUAACUUAUUUUUUAAAAUACAGUAUUUUACCAGACAGGAAGUGUUACUAGUAUCGGCAAUUCCUGUUCUCCAAACAAAGGGCUAUGCCUCUUUUAAGCAAGUAUUUUGAUGCAUAUCUUUUCAAUUAACCCUCUGCAGCUAGGGUAGAAGUAGAUUUGAUGGAAAUGUUAUUGCAAGAGAAGCAACAUGCUAACCACUACUUCUGUUAUUACUGGUGUGUUUUCAAAUUUUUAUAGAAAAGACACUGCUUAGCUCCAAUUUUCAAAAUGUUUCUAGAUAUGCAUAUAGGCUAUAAGAAAAGAUACUCUUUUAAAUUCUUUAAGGUAAAAGUGAUGGAUUCUGUCACCAAGUUUACUACUCAUCCUACUAGAACUGCAUACCUGCAUUUAAUUGGCAAGUAUAAUUUGCUGGCAAUUUCUAAGAUCGUGGUAGGUAAGCCCAAAGAUGGAAUUGUUAGGUGAUCAGUAGUGUUUAAACCUAAUUUCUCCCGCAGCACGAACUCAACACUUUAAAUUUCCUUAUCAGAACAAAGUAAUUUAUUUUUUCACACAGACUCACAAACAAGGUUGGGAUGGGAAAGUGACUUUUCCCCAAAUUUGAGAAAUAAGGACAGGAGCCAUGGAAGAGUUUAUUAACUACACAGACAAUUCUGAGCUUUGACAAAUCCAUGGCAUCUUUUUUUCCCCUCUAGCCACACACUAUUAAAGCAAGAAAGAAGAACUCACUGAAAAGCGUUUGUUCCAAAGUCAGGGAUGUGACUCAGUGGUGAAACACACGUUUCGUAUAUCUGAAGCCCUGGGUUCAAACCCUGCCAUUUGGGGAAAGAAAAAAGAAAAGCAGUAAAAUAAGUUAUUUAUAUACAUAUAUAUUAUUUGUAAAACAAAGCAACAACAACAAACAUCUUUUCUUUCUAAUAUUUUUAGAAAUUCACUAGACUCAGUCAAGUAUUCAGACAUAUCAAAAGACGAACUGGGCUAGAUCAGUAGCGUACCUACAGAACACCUCCGGGUGGUCAAAGGGUCACACAAACAUUUUAUUCAAGUGGACUUUAUCAUCCGCAGAGAAGGACUAAAACGCACAGCACUGGGGGAAACUGAGUCCAGUCUUGGUUUUUGGGCUCUCUGAUGGGGAGAGUCUGCAAAUGUCUUAUCUUCAUUCCCUGGGAAAAUGCCCUUGUUAGCGUGGAAGUCCUCCGUAGGGAUCGACUGCUGGAAGGUUCUUAACCAAAUGUGUCUUGUUUCACCUUUGAACAGAGUUUUCCCAGUGUGGUAUGGCAGAUGCCUGAGGAGGCCGGGUAGAGUCCCUAAAUGAGCAAUUCACGUCAGGCAAAAGGAGUGACACUAGAGAAUGGGGGAGAUCUUGGUGAACGGUACACACGUGCCCCUCUUACGCUCGGACCCCACUCGUCGCUCUAGACAAUCAGCUUCACUGGGAAAUCAGGCUCUGAGCCACUCACUCUUCUCCCUGGGAAAGAUGAGGUGUCCUAACAUUUAAGUGUUGACAGCUAGUGCAAGUUCUUGGCCAACACUGUGCAGACCAAAGACAACCCACGUGUAGGUAGAGGCAGCCCUUGGCCACAAGUGUCAAUGCUUCAUGAUAGCCAGGUCAUAUCCCAUGGCCAUCGUGUCAAGUUCUGUAUCGGGCCCAUGCACUCACCCAUCUGGGUAUUUAGGUUCAAGAAGGGGACAGGGUCCGUUCUCCCCAGAAAUCAUUCUCUCCAACACCGGAGUAGAGCAACAGAAUAUCUUUAGGCUAAUGAGCCUUGUCUCUGAUCAAACUGCUCUGAGGUGUUAUCCAGCUCUUACUCUGCCUCCCCUGCCAUGCCCAGGCCGUGCCCCCAAAGCGUUCAAGAACCGUAACCCGAACUUCCUUACUGUUCUCACUACCGUGACCACUGUGAUGAGGGCCCGGCAGAGAGCAGCCUCGUGCCUUCAGUGAGGGCAGCCAGGAAGACAGCACCCGGGGCGUCCUUGCGCCAGAGCCUCUGCCGAGCCCCCCACGUGCCCUCUCCAUCCUGCCUCAUAAGCUUCCGCUCCCCACCCCCCCCCCCCGUGUAGAAUUGUGUCUUCCCCUCUGAUAGGGCAGAGCUCUUGGUCCAGAACUCGUAGGUACUUCAGUAUAUCGAGUAUCCACAACCUUCAAAGUGGAGUGUGUUGUUUUUUGUUCACAAAGAAAAUCUUAGCAUCUUUGUCUGAGGGCAACAACAAAUUAGGAAUAACGUGUCCUGGGGAAAAAAAAUAAAACCAGGAGUUUCUUCCUUCAUUUGGAUGAGUUGUUCUCAGCUUAUAUCUUCCACCACAACCCUGAUGGUGUGGGGCUCAUCCUUGCCCUACCCCUGUCACUUAGAGAUAAAGUCUGUCUCUUUCGGGUACACUAUUCCAACUUCUCCUUCCUAAGAAUAUAGUGGAGAAUAUGAAUAUUUAACAUUACCAUCACCCCCUUCUUAGCCAACUCAUAGCAAUCUUGAACCUGAAUCAGCCUCAUUAUUGCCCGCAAGGAGGCAAGAAAGGGCUUGUGAAGGGGUUGCUUUGGACCCUAGCCUGAUCAUCCAGAAUGACUCUCUACUUAGAAGACUAGAGACCCACCAGGUUCUCUACCCAACCUUUCAAUCAGGUGUUACAGAAAAGAAAGAAAGAGCUCACUCAUUCACAUGGUUGAAUGCCAGUCUAACUAAGCCCCAAUAUCUCCCUCUAUUAUAAUUACUAUCCCCUGCUUCUCCAUGUUUCAGCCAUCCAAGUGGUUAACUAUAGUUUAUGAGUUCGGUGUUCUGAGUAAAUGUUUUGGCUCCUGACAUUCAACAUUUGUUAUUAGUGUAAACUUCAAGUUGUUGCCCUAAAGUUUAAAAACAGCUCAAGUUUAGCAUUCAUGAUGGUGCAGAGGAAAAAGUCCUGUCAGUCCAAAGUAGAAAACACCCAGUAAUUUUGUUAAGUUCUGAUUAAAUAUAAAUGCAGUUUCUACGAUGUUGGCAAUGCCUGAGGCAUCAGUCAUUGCUCGUGGCCAUCAUAUAUGAGUGGAUGUCAUCUGGCCAUUCAGUGCCUGUUAGUUUACCAGGUUUUCACAUCUUGAGCUUAGCAUAAAGCCUCUUACAAGGAGUUUAAUUACAGAGCUCAAAAGAGGCCUAAAUAAUUUUGUCCUGCCACCUACUUCAGUUAAGGAGGUAUUUUUUGGACAAAUGAUACUUUUAUUAUGCUCCUGAAGAAACACAGUGGUGGAGGAGUACUGAUAAGUGUUUUUUCCUCCUCUCCUAGAAAACCUGCAAAGGUUAGCACUAGUUCAAUAGCAGUGGCGGGAUUCAAAUCAACCUAAGCUUUAGGGAAUAAGAAGAGAGCUACUAUUCUGAUAAAAUGCGGUCCUUUGUUUUGCCAGAGGGUAAAAAUCAUAAUUAAGUUGUAGCCCUUGUUUUUAAAAACGUUUUCACCUUAGGGCACCAUCCACAUUGUUAACUGCAAGCUUCCAAAGAACCGAGCACAUGGAAGAUAGCACUUUAUAUUAUAAUAAUGCUACAAUGAAUUCUUGAGUCUAACUGUAUUUCCUUACUAGCAGUAGUUCCGUACAUUUUUUAAUCAGAAAAGUAUAGAGUAGAAUCUACAAGAUCCUAGAAAAUGCAGAACUCCCUACAAAUUCAUUUUCUUCUUUAAAAAAAUAGGAGAAAAGCUGCCCCCACCCUUCCCCCUCUAAAUCUCGUGUGAACCUUAAAUAGAGAGAAAAAUCACUGAGCGUUAACAGAAAGAGAGAAAAGACCCUAUCCUGGUUAUUUGUCCUUUUUUUUCCAGCUCAGUGACCCCUUUGAAUUUUCUCCUGUAAUGUCUCUCUCGGGAGCUGGAGAGAUAGUGCAGCAGGUAAAGUGCUUACCUUCCAGGCAGCCAACCUGGGUUCAAUCCCCGGCAUCACAUGUGGUCCCUGAGCACCACUAGGAAUGAUUCCUGAGUGCAGAGCCAAGAGUCAUCUCUAAUCAUUGCUGGGUGUGGCCCUCCCCCAAAAGUUAAGAAGAAACAAAAUAUCUCUCUCCCUGCAUUGCCCUCACCUGCCCGAGUCUGAGCCCCAGCUCUCAAGUCUAUCCAUUCCCCGAGCUCCAGACAGAACCUCUUCCCUUAGGCUGUUAUUCUUCUUAACUCAAUGUCUGAGGGAUGAUUAUUACUAUGAUGGGUAACUUAGGCUCAGUCCUUGAUGCUCAGUCAUCUCCCUGACUUGGGGAAAAUCUUUCCAUCUUCUGGACAGUUUCUGGUGAUCCCUUGGAGAUCAGGACGGGAAAAACAAAAUGGCUUCUGGUGUGUGCAGUGGUUUUCGUUCAGGGAUCGAAUAAACGAGAAAGCGAUCCUGCAGCCUGUCACCCCCUCUGAGAAGGAGCCCCUCACCAGAUCUGUGCUGCGACAAAUGGUGGCUGAGACAGAAUGCGGAGAGAGCUUUGUGGGUUGCGGGGGAGAGCCUGUAAGAUAGAGAUUGCCCCUUGGGGAUCUACCAUCCACGUAGUAUGAUCAUCAACUACCCGACACACACCCCCCAGGAAGAAUACAGAGCUUUCCAGAGGCCAAGCCCUUGCUCGCUUUGACACUUUCCCCCAGUACUCUGCAAAUUGGAAAUCACUGACUGUGACAUGACCAAGCCCUGUGACAAUAGCAAAGCCCCUUCUUCCAAAGUGUCCCCAAUGUUUAGGGAACCUUCGUGAUCACUAGUAGAAAGCUUUAGAAUAGAGUUAGAUGUUUAGGGAAAAACUCAAUAUCGACCCACCCCACCCCACCCCUGCCAAGGUAUUCUCGUUCAAGGCCCCCUCAAAAUAUUUCUGAAGUCCAUGACUUCAGUAAUUGAAAAUAUCAUAGGUAUAAAAAUUACCCCGGAGUAUGGAUCAUAUAUGUUUUUUUAAGCCAUUAUUAAUAUUUUCCUACAAAGCCCAUGUCUAAAAUGCCUAUUUUUGUAAUGAAUGGUUGGACGAAGGUCAGCCAUUGAAACAUGCUCUCUGGAAUAACCAGACACUAGUAUAGUUUCCAAAGUGUUGCGUGUAUCAAAAUCUAUAUACUUAGAAGAACUCAGGAUAAGAAAAAAUCGCUAGGUCCCAAAGGGUCUGAGACUAUCAUCAAGUGAAACUGCCAAGUGGCCUCCAGGCAUCUUUAUCAAAUGGGGAGACUGGGGGUGUAAGAACAAAUUAGCACAGAACCUCUUUUGCCCUUGAUCUAUGACAAGGCUUAACAACAACAACAAACUUUCCGUGUUUAGAAAUUAUCUUUCCAGUUGUUUUCUACCGCAAAUCUAAACUAUUACUGUUAAAUUCUAAACCAUUUUAAAUGGGGUAUUUAAGGGAAAUGCUACCAGUAGAAAGCACUGCUAAAAAGCACAAUUCAGUGCUAGUCAAGUAAGAGAAAGACAAACUAAAGAGAAAGAACUGUUCUUCAUCUAGGAUGCUAGUAUUAAAUGACAGACUAGAGCUGGAAGUGGCUCGAAAUCAAUGUGGUCGAGCUAUCCAGUUUGUAGAGAUCUUUUGAGAUACAAUCUUACCACCAUUAUGAGGAGAUAAGCACUUGCUUACAAAAGUCUUUAACAUCAGUGAAUGAAUGUAUGAAGUUACAAAACUAUGCAUUUUCAAGGACUACUAUGUAUUUUGUAUCUAAUCCAAGUAAAUUUUUUCCAUAGAGACUAUUCACAGCAGCAAAUUAUACAACGUAAACUUGAAUUCAUCUUGUGAUGGAGAUUUGGGACGCCAGUCUAUUUUCUUCUAGCUAAGAUUUUUUAAGGCAAUGCAUAGAAACUUUAGGUUCUAAGCAAACUCAAUCAUUGAGGCGAAAAAAUGGGAAAUCUCCAUUUGACUUCUUCAAUGUCUGUGGGAAAUGUUGGUUGUGAUAAAGUAUGCCCAGUUCUUUGGAGGUGGAUCUUUUAUCAAUGCUAAAUAGACAAGCAAAACAAAACUGAAUAAUUUCAUGAGUAUUGCAUUGGAUAAAUAAGUUGUGUCUGUUUAACUUUAAGGAAAAAAAAUACUUCAGAGUCUGUUAUAUAGUUUCAAAGAACAGUGUAUUAAAAAUUGUCCAGCAAAGCAAAUCAUUGAUGUUUUCAAAAUUACAUGCAGAUAAUCACUAAUAUUUUAGGAAGUUCUAGAGAAUGUGCGCGAGCGCGAGAGCGCGCGCACGCGCACACACACACACACACACACACACCAUUUCAGUCUUCUUAUUGAUUCUGUUUUUACAUAAAACCUUUUCCCUUCAUAUUUUUUCUCUUUAAUGAGUGGUUUGCUUUUCAGCAUGGAGAAAUAUUCUCUCCUUAUUCUGACAAUGUGGAAUAAAGAACUCCACUUCUCAGCCAUUUCGGUUCUCUUCUAUAUCCAUUGGAAAAGUUUCUUAACAGUUUAUAUGGACAAACACUUCUAAACCUGGUACUUAUAGUGUACCAGAUAUGUUUGAUGCCUAUUUAGGAGCUAUUGGGGUAGGGUGUGUCUUUUUGUAUGAUUUUUAGCCAAAUUGAAAUGUCCUGACACUACAUAUCUGAAUACUUUAUCUGACUGUAAAUACAGCCUGUGGAGGUUCAGGUGAAUAAACCUUUUAUGUGACUGUCCUCAGCCAUGCUCCUUGCCAGAUUUUGGCACAUUGUACAUAGAUUUGUUGAAUGUUUCAAUGAUGUUGUUUUUCUAAAUGCUGUUCUCUUAAACUUUUCAAAAUUUUUUUCCGUUUUCUUUUGGCUUUCCAUUGUUUUGGACUUUGUAUGUUGGUUUUAAAAAAAAGUGUUUCCUAAGUAUUUCACACCAGAAAAAAAUAUAUUGGAUUAAACUGGUGCUAAUUGAAGCAGAAGGGAAAUUUCAGAUUGAAGAUGUACAAUAGAAAAUGUUCACACCAGUUCAACUACACUUAAUUGUACUUUCCCAAGGGAACAGCUGGCGUGUUACUGAAAUGGGCAUCAGGAGAAUCACUGAGUGUUUACAGUUUCUGUGGCCCAUUUAAGUGUAUGACUUAGAAAUGACUCUGUCCCCACAGAGUUGAGGAUUUGCUACAUUGGUCCCAUGGAAGCAUUUAAGUAGAAGAACAAGCUUAGAGUAAGCAUCACUUUAGUAAUUAGUCUUCUGGUCUUUGGACUUUCAUGCUCUGUAAUGCUUUAGCUGUAGCAAUGACGGUGGUGUUGCCAAUCGGGUCUGACACCUUCGUUGAUCUGUACUUAUGUGUAUGGUUCUACCUUGGGUUGCACGGGCACAUGCCAAGCCAGAACACUGGACUUUUAAUAAGACCAUUCUGACUUCUACAGUGUCCGCACACAUGAAUUUAAAUGCACUUGUAACUGGUUAAUUACCAUGAAGUCUAACUUCCGCUUAAUAAAAAUUUUUGUGUAUCUGCUUCUA